AUGAAUGCUCAAGAACUCAAGAACUUCCUUGCGGAUUCACCGCCGAGUAUCGUGCAACUUGAGAUCAAAAAGCAUUUUGAGGCUUUGUCUGACAAGGAAAAACGCUAUGCUCAUUAUAUUAGCAGAGCAUCUGUCCAUGGAACACGUAUCACCCUGAGACAAGUUUCGCCAGAAUCGGAAGAUAUCUACGAUUUCAUCGUUGAGCUUCACAAGGCAUUUAAAGGCAACUGGAAUGCCGUCCAAAAGAAAGCCGGUAUUAGUGAUGAGGGGUUGAAAUCCUUCUUAGAGUACUGCGGUCAGUUCCUGGGUAAUUGCGGGAAUUACAAGUUCUUUGGAGAUUCGAAAAUCAUCCCAAGAUGCGAUGAGAAAGUCUUCAGUGCUUUAGCUGAGCUUUCCCCAAAAACAAAGCAACAUUAUGAAGCUACAAAAGGAGCUAUCUUCCCAACUCAGGAUCCUGGAUUGAUGCAUCUUGGAUUCCCUGAUGAUGGGCAUCUGACUAAUUAUUAUCCCGAUUCAACUAAUAUCACCAAAUCUGAUAUUGUUGCCGUCGGCGACUUUUUAGAGCAAAAGGGAUUACUAGUGGAAAAUACAAGAUUGAGAAAGACCCCCGAAGGAGUAUUCGAAGUUUUACUUGCCUCAGCCAUUACAACUAUACCUUCUGAAGGCAGUGAUAUCGGCAAGGAAACUGAUUUUGUGAUCGAGGAGGGACCACUAGAGGGCAGCAAAUUAAAAAUCGUCUUUGGUGAUUACUCGAAAGAGUUAGCUCUGGUUGCUGAUAAUUGCAAGAAAGCUGCCGAGAAUGCAGCAAACAAUACACAGAAGGACAUGUAUGAGGCCUACGCCAAAUCAUUCGAAACAGGUUCAUCGCAAGUCUUCAAGGAUUCACAGAGAUAUUGGAUCAGAGAUAAGGGACCUUCAGUUGAAUCUAAUAUUGGGUUCAUUGAGACUUUGAGAGAUCCUCAAGGUGUGAGAGCUGAAUUCCAAGGAUUUGCCGCAAUGGUAAAUGCUGAACGCACUCGUGCCUUUGGAGGUCUGGUUAAUGCUGCCGAAAGCCUCAUUCCUAAAUUACCUUGGGGCUCAGAAUUCGAAAAAGAUAAAUUCUUGAGUCCUGACUUUACCAGUCUAGAAGUUUUGACGUUUGCUGGAGCUGGAAUACCAGCAGGCAUAAAUAUUCCGAACUACGAUGACAUUAGACAGACUGAAGGCUUCAAGAAUGUCUCAUUAGGCAACGUGCUAUCAGCAAAAGCCCCCAACGAGAAGAUUCCCUUCAUCAGAAUUAAAGACCUCGACGUAUUCUCCAAAUAUCGCGAUGCGGCCUUUGAGGUACAAGUGGGUGUUCACGAGCUUCUAGGCCAUGGAACCGGGAAAUUACUUCAAGAAACCAAGCCAGGAGUCUACAAUUUUGACAUUAAGAACCCCCCUGUCAAUCCGCUUACCGGGAAGCCAAUCACUACCUGGUAUAAGCCUGGUCAGACGUGGGGAUCAGUGUUUGGUAGUGUGGCGUCAAGCUAUGAAGAGUGUAGAGCUGAGACUAUUGCCAUGGCUCUCAGCUGUGAUUUUGAGGUUCUUAGAAUCUUCGGAUACGGUGAUGGAACGCCUGAUAUGAAUAAUGAAGCGGGAGAUGUUUUAUACGCAGCUUGGUUAUCCAUGGCUAGAAUGGGAGUUUGCUCCUUAGAAAUAUGGGAUCCCCGCUCCACCAAAUGGGGCCAAGCCCAUUCGCAAGCCCGCUUCUCCAUCCUCCAAUGUUUCCUCUCCGCCCCCCAAGACUUCUGCACCCUAACCCACAACAAAUCCGACCUCUCAGAUCUCACCAUCAACCUCAAACGCCACCUAAUCCCUACCAUCGGUCGUCAAGCCGUCGAAUCGUAUCUCCAAAAACUCCACAUCUAUAAAUCCAUUGCGGAUGUAGAGACAGGUGUCAAAGUAUACAACGAAAUGUGUUUCGUAGAGCCAGAGUAUUGGGGAAAGAAAGUAAGAGAUCAGGUGCUGAAGUGUAAACAACCGAGAAAGGUAUUCGUGCAGGCGAAUACCCUGUUGGAUGAGGAGAGUGGAAAGGUGGAGUUAAAGGAGUAUGAAGCGAGUUGUGAGGGCAUGAUUAGGAGUUUUGCGGAGAGGGGUGUUUAG